ACAAUCCACGGGGCCACUGGAUGAUCAAGAUGCUAAAGGAGCACUCAGUGAUGAAAAGGUCAUUGUGGCGAACCUAAAUGAAUUCUUUAUAUCAGUCUUCACUGCAGAGGAUGAUUCCCACGUCUUCACCAUUCUUUUUAGUGUUGCUGUGCACGUUAAUCUGGAAAAACCCAGUCAGUACUUGGAGGAGGGGUCGCCACAGAAAACCCAAGGUGCUGCACGGAGAAGUGAGGUUGGUAGAAAUCCUCGCCGUGAGUCAGUACCGAAUGACCACCUCCCAGAGAGUGCUGUGCUCCAGGAAGGGCCAUCUUUUGGCUGAGAGCCUCAGAAGACUUAAAAAUGAUCUCCGGUCAUCAAUGGGACAGAUGCGACUGAAGAAUGUAGCUGUCCUUAACGUGCCUCAAGACCAUACCAGGGAACUAGAUGUAAAUACGAUUUCUGACAGUUUCAUCCAGAAAGCUACGAGAGACGUAAUGUCUUUAAACUGGGAUGUUAGUGAAGACGGCUUGUGGCUCCGAGGAGAGUCCUGGCUCUUUGCAGCAUAUGUGGUGCAUCGGAGUGGAAGCCAGCACCAGUAGCCACUGCAGCAAAGGAAGCACGUGUCUCGGGUGAUUUGGGGGAAAGGAAUUGAAAAUAAGAGGGUAGAUUUUGUUUCUGAGGGUCUUGGCUUCAUUUCCCAAAGGCUCGUUCCUUUCAUGAAUGACACAGAUCCUGCUCUGUGAUUCCUUCAGGCGAUGGCCAUGCAGUAAAGAUGUCAGUGUCCAGGCUGAACAGUGUCAAUGGGUUUUUGGAGGACUCCAGGAUGGAGGUUGGGGACAUGGGGAGGACCCUCAGGAGUUUGGAAAUUGGGACCGUGCUGACCUUGUUCUACCAAAAAAAGUCCCAGAGGCCAGAGAGGAGGACGUUUCAGGUGAAGCUGGAGACCAGGCAGAUCAUUUGGAGCCGGACGCCUGAGAAAGUGGAAGGAGACAUUGACAUUCGGGAGAUAAAAGAGAUCCGCCCAGGGAAGAAUUCCCGGGAUUUUGAACGAUAUCCAGAAGAUGCUCGGAAACUGGACUCCACCAUGUGUUUCAUCAUCCUGUAUGGACAGGAUUUCAGGCUCCGGACACUCAGUGUUGCUGCCUUCUGUGAGGAAGACGUCAACGUGUGGAUGACGGGCCUGAACUGGCUGGUGACGGACACUCAGAAAGCCCAGACGCCGCUGCAGGUUGAAAGGUGGCUGCGGAAACAGUUUGACUUGAUGGACAGGACGAGAGAAGGCAGUAUCACGGUGAAGGAUCUGAAGGCCAUGCUGCCCCAGGUGAACUACCGGGUGCCCAAUAUGAGGUUCCUGCGGGACAAGCUUGUGGAAGUGGAAGCCAGGAGCGACAUGGCCUUCACCCACUUCACUCACUUCUACAAAAAUCUAAUGUUCGAUGCUCAGAAAUCGGUCAUCGAGCAGCUGGAGCUCUCCUUCCCCUUGCGGAACGUUGACCGGGCGGAGCUGUGCCAGAUUACACUGUACGACUUCCAGAAGUUCCUGCAGCACGACCAGAAGGAGCCCUGGGCCAUGACAUCGGCAGUGGGAUUUCUGGCGUACCUGUUCUCCAGGGAAAACAUGGUCAUGGACGCCUUAAGUACGAAAUGGGUGGUCCCAGAGGAGAUGAACUACCCGGCUGUCCCCACUACUGGAUCUCUCCUCCCUGUCAAUCCCGAAGAGCUUGGGGUCAGCCCACCGACAAAGGGCCCCCAGCAUGGUGGGCGAAGAUAA